AUGAUAUCAAAUUUAGUGGAUAGUUUUUUAAGAGAGUCUAUAACAAGACAAUCUAAUAUAUCUUUAUUUUACUUGAAUAAUUUUGGAGAAAAUACAUUGAAACCAGAUAAAGUUUCAGGUAAUCAACUUAAUUUCGAAACAUUUAAUCAUUUAACAAAUUAUUUUAAAGUUUAUAAAUAUAAUAAUAACAAUAAAGUUAUAGAUUUUGAUAGUGUUGGUUAUUUAAAAGAAAAUUUAACAGAACUAGUUAGUAAAUGGGUAAAUUUUUAUAAUGAAACUAAAUCAGAUUCAAUUAUUUUUAUAAUGGAUCAAUCUCAAUAUAAUCAAGAACAUUUAGAACUUUUAAAACAAAUGGUGCAUCAAUUAUUAAACCACAAAGAGAUAUCCCCAAACACCAAAGCUAUAUUUCUUUUGAACAAAUUAGAGAAUGAUGUAUUGGAUCCUUCAAAAUUAAUUAUUAAACAAUUAGAACUAUUUAAAUUAGAAAAGCAUUGGUUUAUUCACUCAGGAUACAAUACAAUAGAUAGCACAGAAGAAGCACUAUUUUGGUUAUCCCAAAAUUUAGAAAAUUAA